GCGUGGAGUCUGUCACGUGCCCGGAAAUGGGAAGUGGUGGCUGAACGGCUCAAUUGAGCUCAUCCUACUAGCGGUGGCCGUUCCGGCCUUGUCCGGUCUCUGUCUUGGAGUACCCGCCUCGGCACAGCCGGGCUCGGUCCGGCCUUGCGCUGAUUAAAAAUGACAGCAAUCAAGCAUGCGUUACAAAGAGACAUUUUUACACCAAAUGAUGAACGCCUGCUGAGUAUUGUCAACGUCUGCAAAGCAGGAAAAAAGAAAAAGAACUGUUUUUUGUGUGCCACAGUGACAACUGAACGCCCUGUGCAGGUGAAGAUGGUCAAAGUCAAGAAAUCUGAUAAAGGAGAUUUCUACAAAAGGCAGAUUGCCUGGGCCCUUCGAGACCUUGCUGUGGUAGAUGCCAAGGAUGCUAUUAAAGAAAAUCCUGAAUUUGAUUUACAUUUUGAAAAAAUAUAUAAAUGGGUUGCCAGCAGCACCGCUGAAAAGAAUGCAUUUAUUUCAUGCAUUUGGAAAUUGAAUCAGCGAUAUCUCCGGAAGAAAAUUGAUUUUGUCAAUGUUAGCUCACAGCUCUUGGAAGAACUGCCUAAAGUUACAGAAGAGUCUGUUCCAAGUGGAGAAAAUCAGAGUGUGACAGGAGGUGAUGAAGAAGUAGUAGAUGUAUACCAAGAGUUAAAUGCAAGAGAAGAGCAGGAUAUUGAAAUUAUGAUGGAAGGCUGUGAAUGUGCAAUCUCUAAUGCUGAGGCCUUUGCAGAAAGGUUGUCCAGAGAGCUGCAGGUGCUGGAUGGGGCCAACAUCCAAUCAAUCAUGGCCUCUGAAAAGCAAGUGAACAUCCUGAUGAAGUUGCUGGAUGAGGCUCUAAAGGAGGUAGAUCAGAUUGAGUUGAAACUGAGCAGUUAUGAGGAAAUGCUCCAAAGUGUAAAAGAACAAAUGGAUCAGAUCUCUGAAAGCAACCACCUAAUUCAUCUUAGUAACACUAAUAAUGUAAAACUCCUGUCUGAAAUAGAGUUUCUUGUGAACCACAUGGACCUGGCCAAAGGUCACAUAAAGGCCCUUCAGGAGGGAGAUCUUGCUUCUUCUAGAGGCAUCGAGGCCUGUACCAAUGCCGCUGAUGCCCUUCUGCAGUGCAUGAACGUAGCUCUCCGUCCAGGCCAUGACAUGCUCCUGGCAGUCAGACAGCAACAGCAGCGUUUCAGUGAUUUACGAGAGCAGUUUGCCCGCAGACUGGCCAGUCACCUCAACAACGUUUUUGUUCAACAGGGUCAUGAUCAGAGUUCAACUCUUGCUCAGCACUCUGUUGAACUGGCUUUACCCAACCAUCAUCCAUUUCAUAGAGACUUGCUUCGAUAUGCCAAGUUGAUGGAGUGGCUGAAGAGUACAGAUUAUGGAAAAUAUGAGGGACUAACAAAGAAUUACAUGGAUUAUUUAUCACGACUAUAUGAGAGAGAAAUUAAAGAUUUCUUUGAAGUUGCAAAGAUCAAGAUGACUGGCACAACUAAAGAAAGCAAGAAGUUUGCUACACUGCCUCGAAAAGAAAGUGCUGUCAAACAGGAAACAGAGAGUCUUCAUGGAAGUUCUGGGAAAUUAACUGGAUCUACUUCUAGUCUAAAUAAACUCAGCGUUCAGAGUUCAGGGAAUCGCAGAUCUCAGUCAUCUUCUUUGUUGGAUAUGGGAAACAUGUCUGCCUCUGAUCUCGAUGUUGCCGACAGGACCAAAUUUGAUAAGAUCUUUGAACAGGUACUAAGUGAACUAGAGCCCUUGUGUCUGGCAGAACAGGACUUCAUAAGUAAAUUUUUCAAACUGCAGCAACAUCAAAGUAUGCCUGGAACCAUGACUGAAGCAGAGGACCUAGAUGGAGGAACAUUAUCCCGGCAACAUAAUGCUGGCGUGCCACCACCUGUCUCUUCUGAGAAAGAUAUGAUUCGUCAGAUGAUGAUUAAAAUAUUUCGCUGCAUUGAGCCAGAACUGAACAACCUAAUUGCAUUAGGGGACAAAAUUGAUAGUUUUAACUCCCUCUACAUGCUUGUCAAAAUGAGUCAUCAUGUGUGGACCGCCCAGAAUGUGGACCCUGCUUCUUUUCUGAGUACUACAUUAGGAAAUGUUUUGGUGACUGUCAAAAGGAACUUUGACAAAUGCAUUAGUAACCAAAUAAGGCAAAUGGAAGAAGUAAAAAUCUCAAAGAAGAGUAAAGUAGGAAUUCUUCCAUUUGUUGCUGAAUUUGAAGAAUUUGCUGGACUCGCAGAAUCGAUCUUUAAAAACGCUGAACGUCGUGGAGAUCUAGAUAAAGCAUAUACUAAACUUAUCAGAGGAGUAUUUGUUAAUGUGGAGAAAGUAGCAAACGAAAGCCAGAAGACCCCCAGGGAUGUAGUUAUGAUGGAAAAUUUUCACCAUAUUUUUGCAACACUUUCUCGUUUGAAAAUCUCAUGUCUAGAAGCUGAAAAAAAAGAAGCCAAACAAAAAUACACAGAUCACCUUCAGUCUUAUGUCAUUUACUCUUUAGGGCAACCUCUUGAAAAACUAAAUCAUUUCUUUGAAGGCGUUGAAGCUCGAGUAGCACAAGGUAUAAGAGAGGAGGAGGUAAGCUAUCAACUUGCAUUUAACAAACAAGAACUUCGUAAAGUCAUUAAAGAGUAUCCUGGAAAGGAAGUGAAAAAAGGUCUAGAUAACCUCUACAAGAAGGUUGAUAAACAUUUAUGUGAAGAGGAAAACUUACUUCAGGUGGUGUGGCACUCUAUGCAAGAUGAAUUUAUACGCCAAUACAAGCACUUUGAAGGUUUGAUAGCUCGCUGUUAUCCUGGAUCUGGUGUUACAAUGGAAUUCACUAUUCAGGACAUUCUAGAUUAUUGUUCCAGCAUUGCACAGUCCCACUAAAAAAGAAGAGAUAAAUGAAA